AUGAGCGAAGAUGCGCCUUCGAAGCCCGUCAAGCGAGCCCGUUCGGGAACCAACGACGAUGCUGCGCCUGCCACAGCUUCCAAGCGACGAAAGCUGAGCACAUCGACAACCUCCAAGCGCACAUCCCUCCACGACACCAAUGGCCAUCGCCCGAGCAAGACGGCUGAGGCUGACAUUUACGACGUACCCGACUCUGACGGUGAGGCGCCGCCGCCGCCAGCACGAACUCGACUCCCCUCCGGGCCCAACCGUAGCGCAAAGAAGACAUCAACGCCUCGCAAAGACCCCUACGAAGUGUCCGAGUCAGACAAGGGCGAGCACAGCCCAGAUGAAGACGGCAACAAUGAGGACGAAUUUCCUCCGACGCCCACGCGGCCCAGGAAUACACCAGGCAAGACGCCCCGGUCAAACGGCACAGCUCGCAACGGCACCGCACCCGCGAAGACCAGCGCCUCGAAACCGCGAGCACUCAAGGAAGUCUCCGCAACUAUUGAGAAGCCGGUCGAAGCGACGCCGGGAACGGCAGAGAAUAUAGAGGAAACGAUCCACGUUCGAUCGAGCGGACGGCGCAGAGUCCCGACGGCCAAAGUGCAGGACAACACGGCCAGCGCCCGCAAGCUCGGUGGCCCCGCCGCGAGCCGGUCGCGAUCCAACUCGGCGCUGAACACGACGCCCAGCGCGCAGAGGCAUCACGAGCCCCUGAGGCGGGAUGCGCCGGUGCCGCUGAAGGGGAUCCUGACACCCUCGAAGCGUGCGGGGGAUACUGGCAAACGCCGGAAGAGCGUUGCGUUUGGCGCUGCGCAAAGUCAGAAGGGCGAGCCGGUGUUCUUUGAGGAUUUGCCCAAUAAGUCGUCGGAGAAGAGGCCUCGCGGAAGACCGCCCAAAUACCCAAAGGCUACCCCGAAGCCGGUUAAGUCGACACCUAGGCAAGUCGAACCUGUCUUGGAAUCCGGAGACGAGGUUGAGGAUGAGGUUCAAGAUGAGCCGGUACAGAAGAAAGAGGAACCAGUGCCCGAGGGGGUAGAGGAGGAAGAGGAAGAAGAGAAGGAGCAGGAAGAUACAGCCUGCUCGAUAUGCGACAAGCGCAACUCCAGACCUCCCAACGAGAUUAUUUUCUGCGACGGCUGCGACAAGGCUGUCCAUCAGAAAUGCUACGGCGUCCACGACAUUCCGGAGGGCGACUGGUUCUGCAAAGAGUGCGUCGACAAGAAGCAGGCCAAGGCUGCGGCAGGCGCCCAGCUGCCCAACUAUGAGCACCAUCUUCGCUCGCUGCAGAGGGUGCUGCUGGACCGAUGCGCGGGCCGGCGGCGCAUCAAAUUGAUCAACCAGGACGAGGCGUAUACGAAGGCCUAUCAGCUCGUUGAGCAGACCGUCUCGGCUGGUGAGGGCAACUCAAUGCUUGUGAUUGGUGCAAGGGGCUGCGGAAAGACGACGCUUGUGGAAAACAUCAUUGCCGAACUAUCCCUCAGUCACAAGAGCGAGUUUCAUGUCAUCCGGCUCAACGGUUUCAUCCACACAGAUGACAAGCUAGCUUUGAAGGAGAUAUGGCGUCAGUUGGGUAAAGAGAUGGAGGUUGACGAUGACGUUAAUGCGAAGUCAAACUACGCGGACACAAUGGCGUCUCUGCUAGCUCUCCUUUCCCAUCCGUCGGAGAUCUCGCAGACAGAGGAGGGGGUCACAUCCAAGGCCGUCAUCUUCAUCAUUGACGAGUUUGACAUGUUUGCGUCUCACGCGCGUCAAACGCUACUGUACAAUCUGUUUGACAUAGCGCAGGCGCGCAAGGCGCCCAUCGCAGUGCUCGGCUGCACGACGCGGAUGGACGUUGUGGAGAUGCUGGAGAAGCGAGUGAAGAGCCGAUUCAGCCACCGGCACGUAUAUCUGUCACUGCCAGCGAAUCAGACGUCCUACUGGCAGGUCUGCAGGCAGGGACUGACGGUCGACGACGAGGACAUGAAGGCAGAAGGCAUUGACGAGGGUGUGCAGGGACAUGUUGAGUUCUACCGUAACUGGAACAACAUGGUCAAGGACCUGCACGAGGAGAAAACAUUCAAGGCGCUCCUCCAGCACCACUACUACACAACCAAGUCAGCAGCGGCGUUCCUCACGGAGUGCAUCCUACCGUUAUCGUCAUUAUCAGUAGACGAGUUGGCCCUUGAGAUUCCAUCAGCAUCAGCGACAAUGGUCCGGCUCGCGGCCCCCAACUCGAAGCUGCAUCUACUGUCGGCGCUGUCAGACCUCGACCUCGGUCUGCUCAUCGCGGCGGCACGGUUAGAUAUCGUGGCACACACGGACACGGUCAAUUUCGCCAUGGCAUAUGAUGAGUAUGGCUCGCUGAUGGGCCGGCACCGGGUGCAAUCGGCAGGCGCGGGCAUGAUGGCGCUCGGAGGCGGCGUCCGUGUCUGGGGUCGUGGCGUCGCAGGCGUAUCGUGGGAGCGGCUCGUCUCGUUAGGUUUGCUGUUGCCCGCAAGCCUGGGCGGCGGCAAAGCAUCUGGAGGAGGGACGCACGGGGGCCUCGAGGGGCGGAUGUGGAAGGUCGAUGUUUCUCUCGAGGAGAUUCCAGGUGGCGUGAAGCUCAGCCAGAUGCUGACAGGGUGGUGCAAGGCGAUCUGA